AUGCAGGCCAGCGACGUACCUUUCAACGGCCACGAUGCUUAUACAUGCCUUCGCGACGCUGGCGUGGGCCAUACUGUCACGCGGGAACUCGAAGAUCACUUGAUUAAACUGUUCCUUUCCUGGGAGAACCCGUUCAUACAUGUCGUCGACGAGGAGCUAUUCAUGGAGGCCCGUGCGAAAGCUUUAUCCGAAAAUACUGCAGACUCGGGUGUGCGGCUGGGCUGUUAUAAUCAGGUCCUGGUCAAUGCAAUGUGUGCUAUUGGUGCCGCAUUUACCGACCAAGCAAUUUCGGAACUGCCGACUUCUUUGUCUGAAUUCUUCCAAAGGCGCGCUCGUGUGCUCUUGGACGCAGACAUGGCCAACUCAUCCAUUGCCACAGUUCAGGCACUCGCCAUCAUGAGCGCACAUGAAGCAGCGGUGACGAGAGAUGCUCGUGGCUGGCUGUAUAGUGGAAUGGCGAUGAGACUCGCCGUUGACCUGGGACUACAUCUAAAUUCAGAUCCGGGUGCUCAGAGGGAGCCUUUGAGCGACCAGGAAGAUGUCGCUCGGUGUGUCACCUUCUGGGGCAUAUUUAUUGUCGACCUCAACUGGAGCUAUUAUGUCGGCCGGCUAUCCAUGCAUAUUGAGCUAGGCGGCAUAAAAAUUCCGAAAUUGUCGCAAUCACUGAGGAAAUCGCAGAACUGGGAGGAAUAUACUGAUGAAGCGCUGCAAGAGGCUCACAGCUCUAAACUUUAUGAUGACCCUCUUGAUAAUGUUUUGGAGCAUCAGGUGAAUCUCUAUCAGACCAUGAGACGACUACAACUAAUAUUUUCUGAUCGAAAGCAAAAUCCACUGGAAACUAUCAACGCGCGCACUGAAAAAAUCAUUACCGAGCUGCGAAUGUGGAAAAAGUCGUUGCCUUCGAAUGUUUCGGAUCCAGAGAAUAGUCUAGCUGGGUCGGCGCAGAAGCGGACACUACCUCAUGUUCUAUUGCUACAUAUGCAAUAUCACGAACUAAUGAUAUUCGCAAAUCAUCCUUUGAUUGCUGCCGCGGACUCAUCUCUAACGGCUAAAAGCAUCAAAACCUGCAACAAAUCAGCCCGCGCGAUCACCUUUCUCCUACAGGUGUAUAGCCAAACUUGGUCCCUCCGCAGGAUGAGUGUUCAAGGGGUGCAUAUGAUUUUCUCUGCAGCAUUGGUGCAUUUGCUCCUCGCAUGCACAUCAAAUCUUGCGCCUCAGCGCGAAAUUGCAGUCGCCAAUCUCAAAGCCUGUUGUGAAGCCCUGAAAGAAUUGUCAACCCCUUUCCGAAGUGCAUCCCGCGCCCUUGAUUCCCUUUCGCAGGCCAGGCAAAAAUGGCAGGCCUCGCUAGAGAAUGACACAGAUACACCUCUGAAACUGUAUUUCAGGAUACAGCAGCCUAUUUCUGACCCAGAAAUCUGGCAAGCUGUUGACAAGGUCAUUUGCAAGGGAAGCCAUGUUGAAGAGGAUGACCCGCAAUCGGGUGAUGUGUCGUGGUUGGAGGGAUGGAUGACAAUGUCAAGACCGUCCGAUUCUUUGGUUGAUGAAUUAUCUAGAAUCGAUCCACGGACUUGA